AUGCAGGGCUCGGCGCCUGCCGCCCCGCCGGCGCUGCACCUGCUCACCUCCUACUUCAUCGACAGCAUCCUGGGCGCCACGGCGCGGCACGGUGAGGGGCGCCGGGGCGCGGGCAGGGGGAGGCGCCGCGGCCGCUCCGCGCCGGCGGCGGCGAGGGGCGGCGAGGCGGCGGUGCCGCUCAAGAGGAAGCAGCGGCGCUACCGCACCACRUUCAGCACCUUCCAGCUGGAGGAGCUGGAGCGCGCCUUCCGCAAGUGCCACUACCCCGACGUGUUCACCAGGGAGGAGCUCGCCGUGCGCCUGGACCUCACGGAAGCCCGCGUGCAGGUCUGGUUCCAAAACAGAAGGGCAAAGUGGAGGAAACGUGAAAAAAAUGAAAUUCUGGGGACUGUUCCAGGAAUCUCCUUAACGCACCCACUUGGUCUAUUUUUGGAUGUUCCACUGAGCCCUUCUCCUCUCCUAGACCACUCAUGGAGGUCAAUGCCUCUUUCAACACUGGCUGUGCCAUCCAUGUCUCCAGCCCUUAGUCCUUCAACCUUGGGGACUUUUGGUCUCAGCAGUCUUACCUGGACUUCUCUCUUCAGAAAUCCCAUUUUAAGCCCACAUUUUGGAAGGUUUCUGAACGCUUUAAAUCCUCUCAUGACAACAGCUUCAGUGCUAAUGAAAGCUCCUGGACCCCCGUCAGACCCUGCUCUCACUGCCUUCACUGAUCCAGCAGCGGCUGAAAGGAAAACGUCGAGCAUUGCAACGCUAAGACUCAAAGCGAAAGAACAUUCAGCACAAAUCCCUCAAUUAAACCUCAUCUCCAGUCUUACGAACGCUAACAAAGAACUUUGUUAGGAGCUCUCCCACAGCCACCGAGGGCAAAGCGAGUGCUUUCUUCAGCAAGUAGCUCCUGUUAGAGACGCACAUAAAGUUGUAGUUCCUGCCUUUUCAGAAAUGGACUGAAAGGAAAUAACCCUACCAAAACAGGCUUCCCUCGUUAUAAAGUGAAAUCAUGUAGCAAAUUGACUCAUCAUUUCUAUAGGCAGUGAAUUUAUGACAUUACAGAAAUAUAAACAGGAACUGUCCCUUCUUCAUAAACCAAGCUAACGCAAAACUGAGGCACUGAAAUCCACACAGGCACCGAGUGCUAGUCCAAAGGCUCAAAACUCUUUGUAGGAAUCUCUAACUCAUUCCUCAGGAGGAACACCUAGAUGCAGUACUUGAAACAUGAGAAUUCAUAUACAGUCUGUUUCUAACUUGGAGAUCAUGCUUCAUGUUGAAGUAAAAAUGCU